AUGAGAGACUGGGCUGCUCCCUUGAUAGCUUCAGCGCUGUUUGUAUUUCUAUCGCCAGGGCUGAUCCAGCAAAUCCCAAGGAACAACCAACCCAUUGGUUUCAUGAACAUGAAAACAAGUGUGGCUUCCAUAUUCGUGCAUGUUGUUCUCUAUGCUUUGUUCCUCAUCCUGUUUCUUGUUGUUCUUCAUAUUCACCUCCCUGUCUAA